AUGUCCACAUCUGCUGUUAUUGAUGAUGAGGACGAUGUGGAGUUCGUUUCCGAGGGUCCUAUCAGACCAGUACUUGAAUGCAUAGAUUUGCUGAGUGAUGGUGAAGAUGAUGGUGCCGUCUCUACAGUGGACAUUAUUGAGGAUCAGGUGGACCGACAAAAGGCUCAAGUCGUGUCUACUUUGGACAGACUGGCACGUCAGGUCGCCGUGGAGAAACAGGAGAGAGCAGAGAAGUGCAAAGCCUUCAAGGAGAGGGUGAUCUCGCAGCAGGCUCAUGGUCGUCAGGAGCUGGCUUUCAGUCACAACAGUGGAAGCAGCAAUGAGGCCAAACGUUGUGUGGACAUCUGGCUAAAAAUGCCAGGGUUGAAACCUGGUGUGAUAAACACUGGGACAAGCUGGAGGCGCAGAUCAGCACCGUCAGGCUCUUUGAGGGCUUCUCCUCAGACCUGCCCUGUCAUUAACUGUGGCAGAGUAUACGACAAUGUUGCACUCCUGGAAGGUCACUUGAAAAGGUUUGACCACUCUCCGUGUGACCCAGGUAUAAUGCUGAAAGGAAACUCCUGUGCUUUUUAUGCAUGUGUUCCCUGUGGACAGCAUUUUGACAGCAAAGAAGAAUGGAGGUUGCACCUGGACUCCAAGGUUUCUUCUCCCAAUCCCAAUGGCCAUGCCAGUUCACAAAACUAUCAGUUGAUUGUAUGCUUUGCCUGUCCUGCUUGCUACCUCCUCUUCAACAUCAGGGAUGAGUGUCUUCAACAUAUGUCUGCCAAAAACCACUUUACUCACUCCAUCACUCUUCAUGAAGCAUCAAAAAUGUUAGCAGUGCCCAUUCCCAUCCCACGUUAUGUAAAGAACCGUCUAGUUGCUCUCUGUAAAGAGGUUGGAUUCAAAGUGAAAUGUACGACAUGCUCUAAGGUGCUAACCUCACAUAUGGAGGCCCGGGCACAUUUCAACGUGCAUUGCAGACAAGGCUGUGCGAUAGCAGAAGCUGAUCAAACUGUGGCACAGGUUAUGAAACAGAUGGUAGUGUUGGGCUAUUGCUCUUCAUGCACCAAAAUCUUCUUUAAACGAGAUCGGAUCCAGAGUCAUCAGCAGCAGAUGCAGCAUGAGGUUGAUGUCAUGAGCAGUGUGGGCAGAGCCUUCUUGCACUACAGCAACUUCAGUGAAAUCCAACACCAAGCCAAGGUCACAUCAACAGCAUCUUGUAAACGAGGCAAUCCGAUCAAAGCAUCACAACACCAAAAGAACCUGGUAAAAAACGACCUCAAGGAGUCUCCAGCUAAGCGAAAGAGACUCACGCAGGCCGAGACAAGCAGCCGCACGACCGUCGCUUGGGCCUGCGAGUGCGGUUUGCGUUUUUUUGAGGAAGAUCAAGCCAGCAAGCAUCUCUUAGCAGCCAACCAAAUCUUUCAUAAAUGUGGCGUAUGUGGCAAGCUGAUGGGAGAAUCCUCCAUCGCCCGUUUGCACAUGAGUCGAUUCCAUGGGGGUGCUCACCUCUCCAACUUCCUGUUCCACUGCAGGAAAUGCACAGUGGAAAUGCCAAGGAUGGAAGAUAUUUUGUCACAUAUUAGCGGUAGCCACAGAGGACAUACCUAUUAUGAAGAAAAAGAGGAGGCUGAAGAAAAGAUCAUAAUUGACUCCUCUGCCAAACCAUCUACCAGUGGUCGACCAAGCAGGCCAGCAGUCACAUCCAGUGUCUCACCCCCCAAACGUGAGGAGAAGUGGCUAUGUAGAAUGUGCGAGGACCUCUUUGACUCUGAGGAAGCUGUUUCCAAACACUGUGGAGACUUCACAAGUCAUAGUUUUCAACGGUUUGCCUGUAAUCACUGCCCACAAAAGUUUUUCAAAGAGUCCACGCUCCGUCGACACUGUGUAAAUGAGCACGACGGACAGAUUGAGGUGCGUUACUUCUGUGGACUUUGUGACAGCAUGGUUUAUGAUACAGAACAGGAGUUUCUCCAGCACUACACUAGCCUGCACAGCAAGGAUUACUACUGCUUGGCGGCAAGUGAGACCACAGUUGCCGAGAUGCCUACGGAGUCACCGGCGAUGAGUCAAAGCCCUGACCAACUCUGCCCUUGCAUGGGUUCAGAGAGAGCCAAAGAGGAAAAGAAGGCCGCGUUUACCAAAUGCAUGAAACAGCUGGCCAGCGAACACAAAUGUAGCUACGUCUGUCGUCUGUGCGACACAAAGACGUUUUCUUACGCAGAGAUGAAAACACACGUCCAUCUGAAGCAUGAGGCUUUGCAGCAGAAGAGCUUUGAUGUUUUAUGUGCAUCCUGUUCAGAGGGUUAUAAAGAUGUGCCUAGUUUCCACUCCCACUACCAUGACCAGCAUUGCCCUCUGGAGCCCUGUGUGGGCUACUGGAUGAGUGAGAUCAACGGAAAACCAUCCUCCUCUGCCAGUUUUCUGAAUGCAGAGGAGAUAUCCCCUGAGAAGGAGGCAGAAGAGUUUCAGUUCAUAGAGAAUGCUGUUGCUGCAAACUGUGACCAAGCUAAAGAAGAGCUUGAGCCAAACCAGACUGACGUAGAGUCUGAGGAAAAUCAGGAUGAGUGUGAUGAUGACAUGAGGCGUGCUUUGGCCUUGAGUGAGGAAGACGUGAGAAAGCCUUCAGAGUUUGACAUUGAAAUGGAGGAGGCACUGAAAAGAAGUCUUCAGGAAUUCUGAUGAACAGUACUCCUGGUUUUGGAAACAUUUGAUUUGUUUUAUAUUUCAGUGUUGUCCAGAUACUGUACUAGUUUGUGCACAGAGGUUUUUUUUAUGUAACGUCACGUAUCCCUUCUAGAAAGU